AUGGCCGCCAUGGAGCCCAGUGCCCCCAGCAGCUGGUCACGGUCCAUCUCCAAGACCCGCCCCAGGCCGCCAAACAUGGGUGGAUCCGCCGAUGCGGGCGCGGGCGAGGGUCCGCUCUCUUUUUCGGCGGGCGCGUCCACGCCGCUUCCGGCGCUGGUGAAGAAGGUCUUGAAGCUCUCAGAUGAUGAGAUCUUAAGCCUCUACCACUACGCCCAAAACGAGGCGGCCAGAGAGGCGGAUUGGCGAGGCAUCGCCCGGGCCGAGGAGCCUCGGGGCGACUACGUGGCCUUCCUGAAGACCUUGGAACGACGCUCCGCCUCCAGGAGUCACCCAGCGCAGGAGGCCUCGGGCGUCGAGGCAGUCGGUGUGUGUUGUCAGCCAUGA